CGCCGGAGGUGCGGAGCGCUGGGCCUGGCUCGGUUUCCCCGGCGCGCGUGUGACUCUGCCGGGUGCCCUCGUGCUCCUCCACGAGUUGCAGGAGUGCAGCGGGCGUGUACCCGGGUUGCCGGGACAGGAGCUUGUGGUCGCCUUUCCCUUUUAAACGGUCGCCCCUCACGUACACACUCCAGUACCCCUGAGAGUUGGUCUUCGCGCCCCCCGCGCGCCCCUCCUCACCCGGUUCCUCCCACCAACCCCCGUUCCCGCUUGCUCCUGAUCGGGAGUCGACUUCAUCCCUGGGGUCCCUGCUUGGGGGCGGAGAAGAUGGCUGGCGGACGUCUGCUGUUGGGGGGCGACUUCCUGUCGCCGCCGCCGCUACCCCCCCUCCCGCCGCCGCCGCCGCCGCCCCUCCCGCCGCCCCCGCCCGAGCCAGUGCUGGAGCAGUGGCGCUAUAGCCACGAAAGUGACUGGCAGUGGGCUCUGCGGCGCAGCUUCAUCUGUCGGCACCUGCACAGUUAUCCCGGGGCUGCCCUAGACCAGCUCCUCGCGCUCUCCGCUGCCUGGACCAACCACGUUUUCUUGGGCUGCAGGUACAGCCCACGCUUGAUGGAAAAAAUUCUCCAAAUGGCUGAAGGUAUUGAUAUUGGGGAGAUGCCUUCAUAUGAUCUGAUGCUGUCCAAGGCCUCCAAAGGUCAAAAACGUCACCUCUCAACAUGUGAUGGUCAAAAUCCUCCUAAAAAGCAAGCCGGUUCCAAAUUCCAUGUGAGACCUCGUUUUGAGCCUGUACAUUUUGUAGCUAGUAGUUCAAAAGAUGAAAGACAGGAAGAUCCUUAUGGCCCUCAAACAAAAGAGAGAAAUGAACAAACACAUUUUGCCAACAUGCCAAGAGACAUCUACCAAGAUUAUACUCAAGACUCUUUCAGUAUACAAGAUGGGAACUCUCAGUAUUGUGAUUCAUCAGGAUUUAUUUUCACAAAAGACAAGCCUGUCACAGCCAACAUGUAUUUUGACAGUGGGAACCCUGCCCCCAGCAGCACAUCACAGCAGGCAGACUCUCAGUCACCUCCUGAGCCUUCACCAUCACAGACAUUUCCUGAGUCAGUGGUAGCUGAGAAGCAGUAUUUUAUUGAAAAAUUAACAGCAACUAUCUGGAAGAACCUUUCUAAUCCAGAGAUGACAUCUGGAUCUGAUAAAAUUAAUUACACCUAUAUGUUAACUCGUUGUAUUCAGGCAUGUAAGACAAAUCCUGAAUAUAUAUACGCUCCUUUAAAAGAAAUCCCUCCUGCUGACAUCCCCAAAAAUAAAAAACUUCUAACAGAUGGUUAUGCCUGUGAAGUUAGAUGCCAGAACAUCUACUUAACUACAGGCUAUGCUGGCAGCAAGAAUGGGUCCAGGGAUCGAGCUACUGAGCUAGCUGUAAAACUCUUGCAGAAACGUAUUGAAGUUAGGGUUAUCCGAAGGAAAUUCAAGCACACAAUUGGAGAGGACCUUGUGGUAUGUCAGAUUGGCAUGCCUUCAUAUGACUUUCCUCCAGCUCUGAAACCACCAGAAGAGCUGGUGGUGCUGGCUAAAGAUGCUUCUGGGCAGCCGAUUUUUAAUGCUUCCGCCAAACACUGGACCAAUUUUAUCCUUACAGAAAAUGCAAACGAUGCAAUUGGUAUCCUUAACAAUUCUGCCUCAUACAACAAAAUGUCUGUUGAAUACAAAUAUGAGAUGAUGCCAAAUCGUACAUGGCGUUGUCGAGUAUUUUUGCAAGAUCACUGCUUAGCUGAAGGUUAUGGAACCAAAAAAACAAGUAAACAUGCAGCUGCUGAUGAGGCUUUGAAAAUCCUUCAAAAAACACAGCCCACUUAUCCAUCUGUCAAAAGUUCGCAGUGCCAAACAGGCUCUUCACCCAGGGGAUCUGGAAAGAAGAAAGACAUAAAGGAUCUUGUAGUUUAUGAGAAUUCUUCCAAUCCUGUGUGCACGCUGAAUGACACAGCUCAGUUUAACCGAAUGACAGUUGAAUAUGUCUAUGAAAGAAUGACAGGCCUCCGAUGGAAAUGCAAGGUGAUUCUCGAGAGUGAAGUAAUUGCAGAAGCAGUUGGAGUGAAGAAAACUGUCAAAUAUGAAGCUGCAGGGGAAGCUGUGAAAACCCUCAAAAAGACCCAACCGACUGUCAUUAACAAUUUGAAGAAAGGAGCUAUUGAAGAUGUGAUUUCCAGAAAUGAAAUUCAGGGCCGCUCAGCAGAGGAGGCUUAUAAACAGCAAAUCAAAGAAGAUAACAUUGGAAAUCAGCUGCUGAGAAAGAUGGGUUGGACGGGUGGUGGUUUGGGUAAAUCUGGUGAGGGCAUUCGGGAGCCAAUCUCUGUCAAAGAGCAGCAUAAGCGGGAAGGGCUUGGUCUUGAUGUAGAGAGGGUAAAUAAAAUUGCCAAGAGAGAUAUUGAACAGAUCAUCAGAAACUAUGCCCGCUCCGAGAGCCACACGGAUUUAACUUUCUCUACAGAGCUGACUAAUGAUGAGCGGAAGCAAAUUCAUCAGAUCGCCCAGAAGUAUGGUCUUAAGAGUAAGUCUCAUGGGGUGGGCCACGACAGAUACCUGGUGGUAGGAAGAAAAAGACGGAAGGAGGACUUACUCGACCAGCUCAAACAGGAAGGCCAAGUGGGGCAUUAUGAGCUGGUGAUGCCUCAAGCAAAUUGAUAUCUUGCUAAUUUAUUGUGCAGAUGCCUGAGGCAGAUUUAUGAAUUAAAGAAGUGAUGCUAUAUGUACUGGUUGCAGAGUAUAUUCAUUCUUACGAUGUUUCACCUUGUUCAUUUCAUAUAGUGCUUUAUUAGAUAUUGCAACUUGAAGAAUACUGUCCACUUGUAUUAGCUUAAUCCAGCAGAUAAUAUUGUGCAGUUACUGUUUAUGUCUUUGAUGUUGCUGUGUCCCUCAGAUUUUAGUGGUUUGUGCAAAGCAAGAACACAUAUCCAAAUGGAAUUUCACCCCAAGAAAGAAAUUCCCAUUUUAAAGGGCAUAGCACAGCAAUCUGCAACAAUAUGUAAAAUUGAUGUUGACUACAAUAAAACUGCUAAGUCGCGUCAGUCAUGUCCGACUUGGUGAGACCCCAUAGACGGCAGCCCACCAGGCUCCUCCGUCCCUGGGAUUCUCCAGGCAAGAAUACUGGAGUGGGUUGCCAUUUCCUUCUCCAGUGCACGAAAGUGAAAAGUGAAAGUGAAGUCGCUCAGUUGUGUCUGACUCUUUGCGACCCCAUGGACUGCAGCCCACCAGGCUCCUCUGUCCAUGAGAUUCUCCAGGCAAGAGUACUGGAGUGGGUUGCCUAGAGUCUUAAUUCCAACUUAACUGAAAAUGUCAGAUCAUUUUGUAUUAUCUAUUUUCAUCUUUAUGUGAAGCCAGUUAUAGAAUGUUUAACAGUAAAUUGUGCUGUAUGUGUAAAUGUCCUUACCAACUAAAUGAUGUAAAACUUUCUUAAAGUAAUUUGUGUCCAUUUAUUUAUAAGUCUUCCAUGUGGUUUCCAGAAUAUUGGAAGUGAUUUACUGUAUCUUGUGAUAGGAGUUUUAACAAAUUCUAGUCUUCACGCUGAGAGAGCACUACUUGAGAGAUGAAUUGAAAAGUUUUCAAAAUUUUGAUUCAGUCUGAAGAAAGGAAGCUGGAACUGUCUGUUCUUGGUGCCUUGCAGAGAGACUCGCAGCAACUCUCCGUUACAGCUUUCAUGUGGCUUGGAUGUACAACACAUCCAAGGUGGCCACAGCUGUGGUAGAGCUUGGUAAAAGACUGAAGAUACAUUGGUGCUUUGAUGAAAAGGUCAGUUGGCUGGUCCUCUCUCAAAAAGCUUAUUUAGCCCCCAAAGCCAACUUUGUAACAUAUU